AUGAAAACUAGCAAAAGAAUCUCCAUUAGGAGAAGUAUCCUUUUAGUAGCAUCGGUUGUAAUGGUGUUUUUGUUCAUUAGAAGCAUUAAGAACAAGAUAGUACUUGCAAUAUCUGCAGCAGCAGUGUUUGGCGUAGGAAUUGUGUCUUUAGCAGCUUACAGGGCAAUGAAAGUUCCAAGUGUCUCUGGAAAAGAGUAUUCCUCCUAUCUC